AUGGCUCCCUUCGCCUUUUCGGUGACCCUUUUCGAAAAGCGCCACGGGGGUGAUGCUCCUGAAUCGGCACUUGAAGCUUCUGGCAAGAAGAUGGACAUAUCGACCAUGGUUGCGCUGACCAUCGGACUACUUGCUCUACUUGCAACAAUCUUCCAAACCUUACAGCAAAAGUCUCGAUUACGCUGGCGAUGGAGAGAAUUCCGAUUCGAAGUCCUCUAUUGUGUUCCUUUCAUUGAGUAUGGCCUGCCUGUCAGGAGCGAAGAUGGCACUCGAAUCAUCCGACCUUUCUGCGACCAGCCGGAGCUCACUACCUUCGACCCCAAUCCACCAGAUAAGCAAAAAGACUGGAAUGCCGAGCUGGCAGGAUGGGUCCAUCUGAUGCACCACUUGGGCCUACAUGACCAGUUUAUGAGGCAACGCAUCGCUCAUGUCAGUCUACAUGAUGCCAAACGCAUGGCUUGUAUCGACUCAAUCCGGUGCGCACACGUCGAAAAGGCUUGUCGCAGUUGGGACUUUGUGCCAGACGAUGUUUUACGACCACUGGCCAUCACAACGCUUUCAGGCCUAGCAGCAACUACUCGCCGGCUGGGAAUGAGCUGGAAGCAAUUCGAACCCAACAUCGGCACGUUACAAGCUGAAGGCAAUCAUCAAGUCAUCACUUCGACCGUUAUUCGAGGCAUGGGCAUUGUCAUUCACUACCUCCAAGACCCUGAGCUGGAUUCGGACAUUCUUGGUCAGAAACAUCUUUAUAACACCUCACCGUUAAGUCAAGCAGAUAACUUGCUGUUUGGAAGAAUUGGCCACAUCGACAUGCUCAACCUUCAUCGCGGACUGCCUCAUCUGAUACUGCACAUUGGCACCCUAGCUGAUGUCUCAUCCACAUUACCUACGCUCUUCUCCGACUCGUCAGCUGCCGACAGUAUCAUUGCUACUCUUCGCGCUCGAAGCGAUCUGGGAGACAAGGACUGGAUGGAACCUGUCAAUGAUAUCGUUGCAUUCCUUACUCCCUUCUUAGGCGUCUCUUCUGAUGCUCGACCUAUCAUCCCCUGGCCCAACACAUCGGCUCGUGGUAUGACCCAUACGAUCUUCAGACCUUAUCGAGACGAGCUCACUGCGCUGUUGAGCCGCCGAGGAAGCACUGUUUCAGUAGAGUCUCAUAGGCUCCUUCAUCUCUAUUCAGGUCUGGAGGCUCGCUUCAAUCACCCGACAGCUCAGCGAGACAAUAGCUUCAGUUGGGAGAUACCCAAACUCACGUUCAAAAGCGACCUGGUGACAUCUGAGGCAUAUGACGCGAGGGCAAUUUUUGAUGCCAUGAGUGAGUGCGAGUCGAUGCUGCAGGCCAAUCCAAUCGUCCGUGCUGGCAGAUACCAUGUCCUUGUCGCGCAACACUUGAUCUACUCAACACGCAUCGAGGCUUCCGCUACAGACGGUGACAAGAUGAAGCGCAUGUUUGCUGCCCUUCCGGAGAUGGCGCGUGCAUUGAGGUUGGAAUGGGACGUUACAGGUGAAAUGUUGGAAGCGCUCUCUACAGCUACAGGCGAAGAGUUGGGUGAGAAGAUGGAUUCGGUGACGAGACCUAGCGAGAUGCAGGUCGAGGACGCUUGGUUGGCGAUGAUGCUGCGAGCCAUGUGCUGGCAGAGGCUUCAUGUGGUACAGCCGGGCAUGCCUUUGCCCAUAGAGUACGCGAGAAGUAUGCUGCCUGUGUUUAUAACCUAA